UGUUCAUUUUACAAACGUGUGGAUUGGUGUGGCGAGUCUACACGGCACUAAAUUUGUUAUCGGAUAAAUUUUAAAUUAAGUUAUUCUAAUAAACAUUACACUAAGAUUGCAUCAUGAAAGUAGUUUGUAGUAAAACAAAUCCACCGCUCGGUGGUUUGCUAGCAGUGGAACUCUACCGGUCUUCAGCAGGAGGUGUAGAGAUUGUUUGGGGUGCCGAAUCAACCAUUACUCUUCCCAAAUCUACUAAAGCACUGUCAUAUGGGACUAGUAACGAUUUGAUAAGGAUUUUGGAGAAUACUUUUAAUAAAUCUGUUGGAAGCUUGCAGAGGGUGACAAUGAAUCAUUGGCUUUCAUUCAGCCUUAUUUUGGAACAGGAAAUUCAGGAAUCUUUGUGCUACUUGGACAAAAUCCUGGGACCAUUAACUUACUUGGUGGGGGAAUCAUUAUCCGUAUCUGAUUUGGCUGUCUUCAGUGUUUUAUAUGCUUCAAAUAGCUUUAAGGAAAUAUCUAAGAAGAACCCUCCAAACAAUAUAUUAAGAUGGAUGAAGCUUAUUCAAGCUCAGAAGCCAGUUGAGAAAGCUCUGAAAGAAAUACCUUCUGAUAUACUGGAAAACAUCAAUAAGGCUACAUCUAGGAGAUCACCACCUUCUAAUAAAGAAACAAGUUCCGGUCGCCAGCAAGAAGGUAAAUUCAUUGAGUUACCUCAUGCUGAAAUGGGAAAAGUUGUGGUGCGUUUUCCACCUGAAGCAUCUGGAUAUUUGCACAUUGGACAUGCUAAAGCAGCUCUGCUCAAUCAAUACUACCAGCUGGCUUUCGAAGGCAAGCUUAUUAUGAGAUUUGAUGAUACAAAUCCUGCUAAAGAAAAUGCUGAUUUUGAAAAGGUAAUCCUGGAAGAUGUAAAGAUGUUAGAGAUAAAGCCAGAUUUGUUCACACACACGUCUCAAUACUUUGACCUGAUGUUGCAAUACUGCGAGAAGCUUAUAAAGGAAAGUAAAGCUUUUGUAGAUGACACACCAGCAGAACAGAUGAAGAACGAGAGAGAACAGAAAGUUGAAAGCAGGAAUAGAAACAAUUCGGUAGAGAAAAAUCUUCAAUUGUGGGAAGAAAUGAAAAAGGGCAGUGAUAUUGGCAUACAAAAUUGUGUGCGCGCAAAAAUUGAUAUGCAAUCACCGAAUGGAUGUCUUCGGGAUCCUACCAUCUACCGUUGUAAACCUGAAGUACAUCCAAGAACAGGAAAUAAAUAUAAAGUAUACCCAACGUACGAUUUCGCGUGUCCAAUAGUGGAUGCGAUUGAGGACGUGACUCACGUGCUACGUACUAUGGAGUAUCACGACAGAGACCCACAGUUUUACUGGUUUAUAGAUGCCCUGGGUCUACGCAAACCAUACAUAUGGGAGUACAGCAGACUAAGUAUGACCAAUACAGUGCUUUCAAAACGGAAGUUAACUUGGUUUGUCGAGCAAGGACUUGUCGAUGGAUGGGAUGACCCGAGAAUGCCGACAGUGCGUGGUGUAUUACGUCGCGGUAUGUCUGUAGAAGGGUUAAGGCAGUUCAUACAAGCGCAAGGCUCUUCACGAUCGGUCGUAUUCAUGGAAUGGGAUAAGAUAUGGGCUAUUAAUAAGAAGGUAAUUGAUCCGAUAGCACCGCGUUACACGGCCCUCGAAUCAAACCCAGUACCGGUGAACCUAAAAGGUACAUCCGAGUCCACAUUGACAGUGGCCCUUCACCCCAAGAAUCCAGACGUAGGGUCAAAAACUGUAUGGGUGGGUCCCAGACUCCUAAUUGACCAGGUAGACGCUCAAGCCCUAAAGGAAGGAGAAAAUACUACAUUUAUUAAUUAUGGCAAUAUCAAGAUUGAUAAAAUACAUAGAGGUCCAGACGGCAAAGUGGUAAGCGUGGAUGGUACUCCGAACCUUGAUAAUAAAGACUAUAAAAAGACCCUCAAGAUCACUUGGCUAGCGGAUACUGAGAAGUCUCCACGUCUUGAAGUCUACUGCGUCUAUUUCGACCAUAUUAUUUCGAAGCCUUUGUUGGGAAAAGACGAAGACUUCAAACAAUAUAUUGGACAUAAGACUAGGUGGGAAAUACCAAUGUUGGGUGAACCAGAAUUGGCUAAAGUCAAAGUCGGAGAUGUAUUACAACUCCAGCGCCGUGGCUUUUUCCGUGUGGAUGUGGCAUUUGCUGGACCUUCACCACAAACAGGAAGAGUCACGCCGUUGGUGCUGUUCCAUGUUCCUGAUGGUCAUACUAAGGAAAUGCCUGGACAGCCAAAGUCAGUACAAACAACACAAGUGAAACAGGCACCAGCGGUUGAUGCGUCGCAGCUGAACCAAGAAAUUACCAAGCAAGGAGAGUUGGUGCGAUCCCUCAAGAGUGCGAAGGCUGAAAAGGCCAAGGUGGAUGAGGCUGUUAAAACCCUCUUGGAGCUAAAAGCCAAGUACAAGACGGCUACUGGACAGGAGUGGAAACCUGCUGCAGCUCCAGCAUCGAAUGCUCCAAAGGCAUCUGGUGAUGUGGAGAGUAUCAACCAAGAGAUAUUGAAGCAAGGUGAUCUCGUCCGCUCUCUGAAGACCGCCAAUGAUAUGAAAGCUAAAGUAGAUGAAGCUGUCAAACUCCUUCUAGAGCUUAAAACUAAAUACAAGACAGCGAACGGACAGGAGUGGAAACCUGGUGCAGCUCCAGCAUCGAAUGCUCCAAAGGCAUCUGGCGAUGCGGAGAGUAUCAACCAAGAGAUCGUGAAGCAAGGUGAUCUCGUCCGCUCUCUGAAGACUGCCAAAGCCGAGAAAGCUAAAAUAGAUGAAGCUGUCAAACUCCUUCUAGAGCUUAAAACUAAAUACAAGGCAGCGACCGGACAGGAGUGGAAACCUGGUGCAGCUCCAGCAUCCAAUACUCCAAAAGCCUCUGGAGAUGCAGAGAGUAUCAACCAGGAGAUCGUGAAGCAAGGUGAUCUCGUCCGUUCUCUGAAGACUGCCAAAGCCGAGAAAGCUAAAGUAGAUGAAGCUGUCAAACUCCUUCUAGAGCUUAAAGCUAAAUACAAGGCAGCUACCGGACAGGAGUGGAAACCUGGUACAGCCCCAGCAUCUAAUAUCCCUAAGGCCUCUGGUGAUGCGGAAAGUAUCAACCAGGAGAUCGUGAAGCAAGGUGAUCUCGUCCGCUCUCUGAAGAGUGCCAAAGCCGAGAAAGCUAAAGUAGAAGAAGCUGUCAAACUCCUUCUAGAGCUUAAAGCUAAAUACAAGGCAGCCACCGGACAGGAUUGGAAGCCAAGUACAGCUCCUACGCCCGCUAAAGCUGCUGCUGCAGAUAAUGUUAGUGAUAUUUUAACAAAAAUAGCGGCACAAGGGGAUAAAGUACGCAAACUGAAAGGAGAGAAAGCUGACAAAAGUACCGUUGAUGUCGAGGUGAAAAAUCUACUUAAUCUAAAAGCUCAGUACAAAUCAGAAACCGGAAAGGAUUGGACGCCCACUGCAGCCCCACCAGUCAAAGCGGAAACUGUUAAACAGGAAACAAUGAACGGUGUUAACGGUGAAGCAUUAGCGGUGGAAAUUGCAAAGCAAGGUGACGUCGUACGCGAUCUCAAAGCGAAGAAAGCGGACAAGACAACCGUAGAUGCAGAGGUAAAGAAGUUGCUAGAAUUAAAAGCGAAAUAUCAGCAAGAGACUGGCACGGCAUUUGCAGCUGCUCCAACUAGGGACAGCAAGCCCAAAGAGAAGAAACCGAAAGAUAAAGAGAUAAAGAAAGAAAAGCCGAAAGAACAGUCGCCGAAGCCUAAAGAGGAAUCCUCAAGUGGGGUGAAGAAAAUAACCCGACUCGGCUUAGAGGCUUCUAAAGACACUGAUCUUUCAGACUGGUACCAGCAAGUUAUUACUAAAGCGGAAAUGAUCGACUACUACGAUAUCUCCGGUUGUUACAUCCUACGCCCAUGGGCGUAUAGUAUUUGGGAAAUCAUUCGUGCAUUCUUCAGCGAUAGCAUUAAACGUAUGGGUGUGAAGGAUGUGUAUUUCCCUAUGUUUGUGUCUAAGGCAGCGUUAGAACGCGAGAAGACCCACAUAGCUGACUUUGCACCAGAAGUGGCGUGGGUGACGCAUUCUGGUUCUAGCGAGUUGGCAGAACAUAUAGCUAUACGACCCACCUCCGAAACCGUUAUGUACCCGGCCUAUGCCAAGUGGAUACAGAGCCAUAGAGACUUACCGCUUAAGCUUAACCAGUGGAAUAACGUCGUUCGAUGGGAGUUCAAGCAACCGCAACCAUUCCUGCGAACGCGAGAAUUCCUUUGGCAAGAGGGACACACUGCGUACCGACUUCAGAGCGAAGCAGAGGAGGAAGUGCUUCAGAUAUUGGAUCUAUACGCCCGGGUAUAUGAAGAGUACUUAGCCAUUCCAGUCAUAAAAGGCAGGAAAACUGAGAAGGAAAAGUUCGCGGGUGGAGAUUAUACCACCACCGUUGAAGCAUACAUCGGUGCUAGUGGCAGAGCUAUACAGGGCGCAACAAGUCAUCACUUGGGGCAGAACUUCUCCCGUAUGUUUGACAUUGUGUACGAUGAUCCCGAAACCCAAGAGAAGAUGUUUGUCUAUCAAAACUCUUGGGGUAUAACGACGAGAACUAUUGGUGUAAUGGUCCUGGUACAUGGCGACGACAGAGGAUUAGUUCUACCACCACGAGUAGCCGACAUACAGGCGAUAGUGGUGCCUUGUGGUAUGACGGCCUCCAGUAAAGCUGAAGAGAGGAAGGAACUUAUGGACUCUUGUCAGAGCCUGGUGGAUGAAUUGAAGGCAGCUGGUAUCAGAGCCGAUGGUGACUAUAGGGAUAACUACUCGCCUGGGUGGAAAUUCAACCAUUGGGAGUUGAAGGGUGUACCAAUCCGUGUGGAAUUAGGACCGAAAGAUAUAUCACGCGGUGAGGUGGUUGCCGUAAUUAGACUGACAGGAGAAAAACAAACCUUAAAGAGGAACACGGCGCCGACGCAGCUUCGAGAGAAAUUAGAUUCGAUACACGAGGAAAUGUUCAAGAAAGCAACUAAAGAGAGAGAUGAGAGAUUGUCACUUGUCACAAAAUGGGACGACUUUACAAAUGCACUGGAACGCAAGCACAUCAUUCUUGCUCCGUUCUGUGGAGAUAUACCCUGCGAAGACAACAUUAAGAAUGAUAGUGCCAGGAAUGAAGAUGAUCAAACAACCGAGGUUAAAGCUCCAUCAAUGGGUGCUAAGUCACUUUGCAUACCAUUUAAACAGCCUCGUGAAAUAUCAGCGGAUGACUGUUGCAUACAUCCAGCUUGUAAAAACAAGCCUAAAUUCAUUACUCUGUUUGGAAGGAGUUAUUAAAGUCAAUUUAUAUGAUUUGUUACAUAUUUAAAUAAAUAAUUAUUUUAUGAUUUUUUA